AUGUCUUGUUUCAGCCAAGUUGGAAGCAAACAAAAUCCAUUGCUGGGGACUGUCUCCUUCCCCAUGCCCACGAAAACAAUCAUAUGCAAUUCAGUCUCCCGCAAAUAUUCUCUUGAAUCUCGCUUGCAGAUUGUGACACCAAUCCAAUCACUACUUCUCCUCCACCCACCCCAAACCAAAGCCCAUCCUCCUAACCUCCUCGCACCCACUCUUCUUCCACUCCUCCACACUCACCCUCACCCUACCCUGCAGCUCCUUAGUCGCGACGUCCUCCCACUCCCUGCGCGCCAACCCAAUCAAAUAGCUCGCAACCUCGACCUUCAGAAUUUGUGCGACCGUACUACAAUCUUCAUGCAGACUCCCCAGUUGUGUGGCAACAACGAGGCGGUUCCUCAUAAACUGGUCGAACUGUUCAUUCCGCUUCCUGGCGUAGAUCGUCGUCUUGCCAAGUCUCUUCACACUCUCACGUUUAUUGGAAUCCGGAGGGUUGAUUUUGAGAAAGUCUUUGAUUUGCUCGAGGUUCUCAUGAUAAGCUGUUCCGCUGAUGUCGUCGAUGAGGGUGGAGAGGUUGUCGGCGAAGUCCUUGCAGCUCUCUUCUCAGACGAGUCUUUGGGUUGGGAAAGGCAGAUCGAGCAGUAA